UUAAUGUUGCGGAGAUGUAAUGAGCCAAUAUGUAUUUUUGGAGAAGAUAUUUUGGAUAGAAGAGAACGUCUUCGUUCAUUACUUUCUCGAAUGUCAGAAGACGAAAUUCAUGCAAUUCUUCAUUUGGACGAAAAAGAAAGGGCUGAUAUUCAAGACGAUCAAAGUACUUGGUAUCAUAGAGGGCCUGCCGCUCUUCGGGAUGCUAGGGUUGAAAUAGCUGAUUUUAGUUUGGAAAGAGCAAAGCAACGGUUGGAAAGAGCAAGAGUUCAAGCAAUGCUUUCACAACAAGAAAGAGCUUUAAUUAAACAGGCAACACAUAGACGUAUUCAAACUCUUCAAAUUUAUGGAACACAAGUUUCCGGCAUUAGACCAACUUCAUUCGCUGAAUUUUCUCCUGAUUCUAAACACAUUAUUACCUCAAAUUGGUCCGGCCAAGUUUCUAUUUGGUCAAUUCCAGAUUGUGUAGAAGAACUUAAACUUCAAGGGCAUCCUUGUCAAGUUGGAGCUGCGCGUUUUCACCCCGGCGCUUACAAAAGUCAAGAUCCUCUUUUAUUAAAUGCUGCAUCUUGUGAUCAUUCUGGAAAUGUUUUAUUUUGGAAUUUGGUAGAUGGAGAAAAACCUUUGGCAAAAUUAGAAAGGCAUGAAGAUAGAGUACCUAGAUUAGCAUUUCAUCAAAAUGGAAGACAUUUGUGCACAGCUUGUUUUGACUCUUCCUGGCGUUUAUUUGAUUUGGAAACCUUACAAGAACUUAUUUAUCAGGAAGGACAUAGCAAAUCUUUAUUUGAUUUGGAUUUUCAUGUUGACGGUUCUUUGUUGCUUACAGGAGGUCUUGACUGUUAUGGACGUGUUUGGGAUUUAAGAACGGGUCGUUGUAUAAUGUUCCUAGAAGGUCAUCAGAAGGGUAUUUACACUGUCAGUUGGCAUCAAAACGGGUUUCUAAUGGUUACUGGAAGUGCUGAUAAUACUUGUAAAAUUUGGGAUGUCCGAAUGCGUCGUCAAAUAUAUACAAUGUCUGCUCAUAACAAUUUAGUUUCGCGUGUCAGAAUAGAUCCUUCUGGAGAAUACUUAGUUACUGGCUCCUAUGACAAUACAAUGAAAUUAUGGACAUGCUCAGGAUGGCAACCUUUAAGGAUAUUUGAUUCGCAUAAUAUGAAGGUCACUUGUGUUGAUAUAUCACCCGAUGAAAAUUGGAUUGCCUCAAGUUGUUACGAUCGAACUUUUAAAUUGUGGAACUUCUCAAGGGAAAAUUAA